AUGGAUUCCAAAGCAGAUUGCCAGGAAGGUGACGUGGGGACGUCUCAACACUCCUCACGCAAGCAACCAGAAGGGAAUAAUGAUGGACACCAAAACAAAUCGCACGUUCAAUCAACGCAGCUGGAUACUCUAGGAGUCAGUGUCUUCCAUUUGGAGCACUUCUUUCUGGAAAAAGAAGUCUGUGCUUCCAAUCAUGCCUCAACAGGAAAAUUUCUUUCAAAAGAGUCCAAGGUCUAUGACAUUGAGGAUCUACGAGGUCCUCCUGGGGUCAUCCGAUCAAAGAGUGCCAACACUGUUUGCCCGGUAGACAAGAAAAUGGGUGCUGCCUACGUCCAUUGUCUAGAAGGAGACGACCACGUUGGAGAGGCAACUCAUAUGCUCAGUUAUUCGUGGGAUUACGCCAUCGGCGAUAUUGUGGAUACUCUAACUGACUUCUGCCUCCGGAACAACCUCAAUCCCAAAAGGACCUAUAUCUGGAUCUGCUGCCUCUGCGUCAAUCAGCACAGGGUUGUGCAAAGUUCCACUCAGCAGAAAUCAGGAAUGAUUGCCCCUGCAAAAGUGGAUUUCUUUGCCAUUUUUGGAGAACGAGUCAAAAAGAUUGGUCAUUUGCUGGCCAUGAUGGCUCCAUGGAAAGCACCCAUCUACACCACUCGAGUCUGGUGUAUUUUUGAGAUCUUUACAGCUCAUACCACAGAUGGGUGCGAAGUAGAUAUUGUCAUGCCACCCAAGGAGAAGCAAUCUCUAGAGCAGGAUGUUCUUGAUAACGAAGGAGGCAUCAAUGCUCUCUAUGAGACACUUGGCAACACCAAAGUUGAAAAUGCCAAGGCAUCUGUCAAAAGUGACAGGCUGGCUAUUCUAACCAAGGUGAAGUCAGAUGUUGGAUAUUCUGUGCUCAACCAUCGAGUCAAUGACUUGUUGCGUGGAUGGAUGCAUGGUGUCCUGACUCAGCUGGUGGAGACUAGAGAAAACACAAAUGAUGAGGACUAUGUCGCCUUUUGUAACAAAGUUGGGUCUAUACUUUUGGCAAACGGAGAACACAAUGCAGCCAUGAAACUCCACCAGACUGCUCUGGAAAUUUGUGACACUGUUUUGGGCAAGAAUCGCAUAGAAACAGCAGACAGUUAUGACAGUCUUGGUUCUGUUCUGCAUGCCAUGGGUGACUAUCAAGGGGCUUUGGCAAAGUAUGAGGAAGCUCUUGCCAUUAGACUGUCAGUACUGGUCAAGAAUCAUCUUUCUGUGGCAGGUAGCAACAACAAUAUUGGCUCUGUUUUGCAGGAGAUGGGCGACUAUGAAGGUGCUUUGGCAAAGUAUGAGAAAGCUCUUGCCAUUAAAUUGUCAGCAUUGGGGAAGAAUCAUCCCUUAGCGGCAACCACCCACAACAACAUUGGUUCUGUUUUAUAUAAGAUGGGUGACUAUGAAGGUGCUUUGGCAAAGUAUGAGGAAGCUCUUGCCAUUCGAUUGUCAGCAUUGGGCAAGAAUCAUCCUGAUGUUGCAACCACCCACAUCUUCAUUGGUGCUGUUUUAUCUAAGAUGGGUGACUAUGAAGGUGCUUUGGCAAAGUAUGAGGAAGCUCUUGCCAUUCAAUUGUCAGCAUUGGGCAAGAAUCAUCCUGAUGUUGCAGUCAGUUACAACAACAUUGGUUCUGUUUUGCAGGAGAUGGGCGACUUUGAUGGUGCUUUGACAAAGUAUGAAGAAGCUCUUGCGAUUAUAUUGUCAGCACAUGGCAAGAAUCAUCCUUUAGAGUCAGCUGCCUACUACAACAUUGGCGGGGUGAUGUAUAGGAUGGGCGACUAUUCCGGAGCCUUGUUGAAAUUUGAGGGGUGCCUUGCCAUUCGGGAGCCAGUAUUGGGAGCAGAUCAUCCAUACACCAAGACUUGCAAGGAAUGGAUUGAAGUUGUCAAGUCAAAAAUGCAGCAACCUUUGAUCCUGUGGUUUGUUUGUCAACUCUGUUGUUUUAUAGUAUUGUAG